GCUCUACAACAACGUUCUCUCAUACGCCUCCACAAGCAUCUUGUGAUCCAGUAGGAUACGACCGACAAGAUGUACGAUUCCGCUCGCGACUGCUUUACCGAGCAGCAACAGCAGGAGCACAGAGAACAACAAGACCGAGAACGACAGCAGCAACAAGAGCAGACAUCUCCAGUGGGUCCAGCGGGCGCAGACACCCCUCCACGUCGUCGGAUAAGCACCGUUGGCGACCUCCUGAGCCCUAUAGAAGACAAGAAUGAUGCGUUGAAAGGUAGCGCUAGCACUGAGACUUCUCCAGACAAAAAGGAGAGCGGUAGCCCAGAAGCUAGUUCUGAGACUAUGAGCCCGGAAACACCACGGAAGGACACGAAAAAUACCGGUACAUCUAAAACCACCAUCGAUACUAUCGCUGCUACCGCUACUACCACACACAGUGGGGCACAGAUGGAUAGUGAUAUUCCAGCCUCUGCUUCUGCAACGAAGGAAAAUCGUGUCUCGUCGUCAUCGCCAGGUGAGAGGCGAAAACGGGUUUCCAAUGAGAGAGAUGACGAUGCUUCUAUUCCGGCAACUUCUCGAGCCGGCGAUAGGAGACUAACUUCCGAUGGUUCUCAUGGCGCCCGCAGGAACGUUUCUCCUAGACGCCGUUCUAGAUCGCCUCCUGCGCAACACCAGCUCUACAAACGCCGGCCAACGUCUCCCAGCGGUCGUUACAAAUACAGAUCACCCCCUCCGUUGAUCCCCAGGAGGGAUCCUUCACCAACUCUACUUCUAGGAGACGAUGGUUCGAGGAGCAGAGACUCUAGCCCCCCGCGGAAACGCAAGAGGCCUGGCCAAGCAAGCAGGUUCUCGGAGAAGGAAAAGGCUGAAACCAGGGAGAGACUUAGAAAGAUGGAGGAAGAAAUAGAGAGAAAGGCCAAAGAGGUCAUCAAAGAGAGAGGUGUCGAGGAGGUUGUCAAGGCUCACUACAACGAUAAAAGGGAAUUAGGCAAAACCUGGCGAAAGACUGACUCGAGAAUUAAAGGCCUUAGAAGCUUCAACAAUUGGAUCAAGUCUACGAUUGUCCAGAAAUUUUCUCCGAAUGAUGACUUCGAUCCUCGCAAUCAUUCCAGAGACCCUAGUUCACACCUCGUUGUAUUGGAUAUGGGAUGCGGUAAAGGGGGUGAUUUACUCAAGUGGAAGAGCGCCCCCCAAGAAGUUGGAUUCUAUGUCGGCGUUGACACCGCAGAUGUCAGUAUCGACCAUGCUAGAGAUAGGUAUGACAGUAUGAUCAAGGAAUCAAGGAGAAAGUGGGCGAGUGGAAGGGACAGGAAUGGCCGCCAGAUCUUCCAGGCCGAAUUCCACGUGAUGGAUUGUUGGACUCGUUGGAUCGGAGAAAUUCCGAUUGUUUCCAAGGUCGGUGCAGACCCCAAUGUUGGCCCUGGCCAGUCAACUCGGAUGUCGGCCAGAUGGGGCAGCGGGGGAGGUUUCGAUGUGGUUUCAAUGAUGUUCUGCAUGCACUACGCUUUUGAGUCCGAACAAAAGUGUCGAAAUAUGCUCCGAAAUGUUUCAGGUACCCUGAAAAAAGGAGGCAGGUUUAUAGGAACAAUCCCCUCUAGUGAUGUGAUCUCGGCUCGCGUUCGGGGCAAACACAUGCCCGCGGGCUCUUCCGAAAAGGAGAAAUUAGACAAGUCCGAACACGGCUUGCAGGAAUGGGGAAACAGUAUCUACAGAGUAAGGUUUGCCGAAGAACCGCCCAAGACUGGGGUUUUCAGACCACCAUGGGGCUGGAGAUAUAGCUUCUUCCUGGAGGAGGCUGUCGAAGAAGUUCCAGAAUAUGUUGUCCCUUGGGAGGCCUUCAGAGCUAUCGCUGAGGACUACAAUCUUGAACUAAUCUACAAAAAGCCGUUCCAUGAUAUUUGGAGAGAGGAGAAAGAUGACAAAGAUCUUCGUAUCCUCAGCGAGCGGAUGGGGGUUAGAGAUAGGGAAGGGAGAUUUGCUCUUGGGGGUGAAGAAUGGGAGGCCUGCGGAUUCUAUCUUGGUUUCGCUUUCAAAAAAUCGUAGAUCAAUUUCGAUGGGCUGGUGAUUUAAAAAUGUCCCAACCCCUUAUUCUUACUGUGUUUUCUUUUUCCCUCUCAUUUAAAGCACUGCAAUUGUUCGAACUCUUGUUAGCCACGAGGUUGCUAUCCUCAACCCGCUAUGGUAGUUAGCUCCUGGCUCCUCUUGCCA